UUUAACGCGCUGCAAAUAUUGAACUUCGUUUUUCAAAGGGUGUCUUUGUGCAGGUUGUGAUGACAGUUGGUUUGCAGUGAUGACCAGUCAGCAUCGGAUUCAACAAUAUAUGGAGAAGCACAAGAUCACGCGCUUGUUUUGAGGUAUGCCUCACGAUCUCAUGAACAAAGUGAUUCAUGAUCAGCCGGAUGAACCUCUUCUGUACCUCAUCAAAGUGCUCUGUAAAAAAGCAGGCAAAGAUGUUCCAGCCGAAGCAAAGUUAAGCCACCUCAGAAGAAGUACUUCAGACUUGCCCAGAGCACCGCCCAGUCCCGAGCAGUCCAGAAAAAAUCGCAGUGGUAAUUCGGGCUGGGCAUCCACCAGUCCUGACCCAGUGGGGCGUUCCUAUGAUCGACCUUGGAUGGCAAACACAAAGCGAACCAAAUCUAAGAAACCCGCAGAAUCUGAUGAUCCAAUAAGACCAGGAAGAAGACAGAAGUCUGAGUGGAAUCCCGAUACCAAAGUUGUCGCUUCAAACUUUGACGAACUUUUUGAUGAAGUGAAGGGAAGUAAGCCAUCUCACGCACGUGGUAGGGAAAGACGUAAGCCUGCCCCAGACAACUCGAGAAGAGCUUGGGCAAGCUAUGGGCUGGGAGAUGGUGAAGAAAACUUAUUUACUAGCUCAGGCUACCAGGGUCCCAAGCGAUCAGAAACUGAGGAUCCCUUGGCUGGGGAGCUAAUCUCUCCUCCACACAGGAGAGCUCCUAGAGGGGAGACAAUCAAGAAAGAGACGGAUUCAACUGUUAGUUCUCGCAUGAAGGGGCCACGACUGCAAGCCGAGAAACACCGUCAAGAGCUGGAGAAGAUAGUGAAUGAUGCAGAUAGACGCUCCACAGACUCUGGUAUCUAUGACAACGGUGACAGGACCGAAGAUGAUGACGCCAUUGAACUGUUGGAAGAUGCUGAGACUUUGAGAAAAGAAGGUGUGGAGAAGGUUCCUAACAAAGGGUACAAAUUAAGCAAGACCGUGAGACAAGCAGAUCCAGAAGUAAAGCUAAAUAUCAAUCUGUACACAGGAAGUGGGCCCAUGCCAAGUGAGCCAGCCAGAGGUAUACGCUAUGGUGACCUCCCAGAUUUUGAUGACUCUGACAGAGAUGGCUCUCUGAUUGGAAGCCGUUACACCCCUGAAAGUGAUGAAGAAUUUGAGAGCGUUUCCCAGGUUACCGGACCUCGCCACCCCAUAUGGAACACAGAAGACUCUGAUGGGGAGCCCCCUUUACCCAGACCCCCUCUUAGCUCUCCACACAAGGCUGUUACUAUGGCAGCACCCUACAGAUCUGAAGACUUUGGCCGAAGCUCACCUUGGGACAAACGAUUGGCUGCCACAGCACCCCUCAGGUCAGCUGACCUCUACACUGGCCAAUCCAUGGAGAGCAAUGAACUCUUUUCAACACAGUACAGACCAGAAGUGCAGCAAUCCUUGGACUCAGCGGUGAGGCAGAGUGGUGACAUGUAUGGAGGCUCUGGAGGGGGGUGGGCAGUGAGGGAUGGCUCAGACGUCAGCAUCUCAGACUGGAAAGGGUCACAAAGGGCUAGAGUGCAGAAAGCUCGGGACUACAGAAGUUACUGACACUUUAAAUGAGGCUUCACAUUCCUGGUGAUACCCGCUUGUCACAGCAUCCUCUUGGCAGUAUCAUGUAAUACUUCUAGGCUCAGUGCUGGCUGGAACCUUAUGUAGUGGUUAGUUAAGAACAAAAUCUGACUAGCUCUCAUUGAUGAGCUGUGCACUGUGUUUUCAUGUGAUGAGGAGAGUUCUGAAGGCAGUAUCACUGUGUCAUGUCACUGGUAAAAUUGUUCAGCUCUUAACCAGUUUUCAUAGAUAUUGUAUCCACCAAAGUUUUUUCUUUGUGGGAUUGUCUAAACAUUCCGUCCAUUUGUCCCGUGAUUUUCUCAAGGACUUUAGUAUACCUCAUUACCAUAUCAGCCCUGCGCCUAACGUUUACUGUUUGUACAUUUAAAGUGAACAUAAAGUUAGCCGAUAAAGCUGAAAUACUUAAUAAAGUAGUAUUCCAGAAAUGUUCUGAAAAUGUUUGGGAAAAUUCUACACUGUUUUUCAACAAAAUAAAUAGGAAAUGAUCAAAAUGAUCAUUCAGUACCUUUUAGUUUGGUGCUUGGUAAGGGAGAUGUUCCUGGACACAAGCAUCAUGCUUUAGCUGCCCUUUUCAUCCUUGUCCUGCAUGGGUGGAAGCAUUUGCCCCAGCUGGCCGGUAUCGACUUCAGGGAAUUUACCGAACAUAGCAGGACCUUCUGACUUACAGCAUACUCUUGGAAGAUAUUUUUGUUUUAAAUUUGAUUUUGCUGAGGACAAAUCCUGCAUAGGCACAGUAUUUUUCUUCGAGCAGUGAUUCUCCCAAGGCAGUUUUCUUGCCAGCUCACCCUGACAAAGUUACUGCAGUCUCCUGCCCAACAUGGACGCAUUGUGACACAGGCAGCCGUUCUCCAUUUCGUGCUCAUAAUUAUGUGGUCCAAAAUGCACCAGUUUAACACUUGAACUACUGCAUAACCCAAUUUGUUGCAUCGAUAUCUGUCUAUCCACUGUAGGAAACCACACUGACAAUCGAAAGCUAACAGAUUUUUUGACGUGACAGCCAAAUUAUCAUGUGACCCUUUCAGCACUAGUGAUUGCCAAUUUACAAAAUGGCUAAUUGGAGUGUAUUGUCCGUCAGUGCAA